AUGGCAAAAACAAUCUUUCCUCUCCUCGAUUUACACGAGGACUUCAAGUUCCUAUCUGUCAAACAAAUACCAACACUUCUCCUACUAAACAAAUCCACUCACGGUCAAUUGGUACAAUCAGAAAGAUUUUGGAAAGGAGCUGCCUUUAACUAUGCAAGAGCAUUCUCUCUCGAAUUACCAGUAGAAGAUUUAUCAACCGCAGAUUUGCCUCAAUCUUUAAGAGGACUAAUUGAGGAAAAACAAUCAAAAAUCCACAUACUCCAACAAGAAAUUCAUGCCGCCGAAAGUAAGGCAAGUACCUACAGGGCACAAGCAGCUAAGAUUAAAGGACAAACACCAAGUGCAAUGAAUCUUUUUAUAACAAAAACUUAUGAAUCUGAGACGAAGGAAUUGGAGAUGCAUUUGAAGGAAUUGAAGAAAAAUGUUCAAGAUUUGACAUUGGAAGAGUGA